AUGGCGCCGAAGGCGGUGGCCCCGAAAGCGGUCGAGCCUCCGGCCAAGAAGGCGAAGACGGAGGAGGCCCCCGAGCAGGUCUCAGUGGAGGAGGACGCCCCCGAGCUGGAGAAGAGCGCGCCCGACGACAAGCGGCAGAGGCUCGCGGACGAGGUCACCUUCCCGCCGAACGACUGCACUCUCAACGUGGUGCCCACCUCCGGGGGCAGUGUCCUCAUGGGGCUGACCGACGGGGGGACGCAGUUCCUCAUGGCUGGCGCCCGCGCGAGCGUGGGGGUGAAGAAGGGCCGGUACAUGUUCGAGGUCAAGGUGCUGGAGACCCUUUGGCGGCACGAGCCCGGCUACGCAGGACGGACGCCUCAGCCCAAGCAGACGGUGCGGGUCGGCUUCUCCGCGGCGGGCUCCUCGCUGGUGCUCGGGGACGUCGCGGACGGCGCCAACAGCGCCAGCUUCGACUCGGAGGGCUUCUUCGUGGCGAACGGUAAGAAGCUCAUGACAUCGCAGCGGUUCACGAAGGGCCAGGUCGUCGGUGUGUUGCUGAACCUCGACGCCAAGAGCCCGAACUCGAACACUGUCAGCUUGUUCAGGGACGGUCAACGCAUCAGUAAGCCGCAGGCCCUGCCAGAAGAACUCAAGGACAAGGCCCUCUUUCCCCACGUGUCUUUCCGCGGCAUGAGCGUUCAGGUGAACUUCGGCCCGUCGCCCCUGCAAACACUUCCGUUCACAUGCCGCACCAUCCAAGACGCGGCGAAGGCGGACACUGAGUUGUCGAAGGUUCUGGCGAAGGACAAGUGCACCGUGGUGUUCCCCGUGGCGGUCCCAGACGAGGCCACCUUUGAUUUCGUGGACGGCUUCCUGAAGCAGAACCCGCAGUACACAGAGCUCAGCGACCGCAAGAUUCAGGAGUGGGCCACGAAGAGCGGUUUCUGGAAGCCGACCAGGCGGAGUUUGGCGCACUCGAACGACAAGCCCGAGUUCGGCUUCGGCGUCCAGGGCAUGGACGACGGGAGCGUGUCCCGCGUCACAGGCUCGGUGGCGCCGCUGCUGCCGAGAGACUACGUCUUCAUGGAGGUCAAGCAGAACCUGGUCGCCGAAGACCGCAGGGCCAACCUGAAGAAAUUCAGCGGGCAUCGCUUCAAGAGGGUAGCGCACGUGGUUAUGGGCAAGCCGAGCAAGGAGUUCGUGGCAGGCGUGCACAAAGCGAUGCUCGCCUCGAAGCAAGCCAGGCUGAACGCCGAGCAUCAGGCGAAGAAGCUCGAGAGGGAGCGCAAGAAGCGGCAGGCAGCCGCGGCCGAGGUGGCCAAGAAGGCGCUGGAGGAGAAGAAGAAGCAGGUCUUGGAGGAGGCAGACGGGGAGGUGAAGAAGGAGGAGGGUGCUUCGGCAGAGAAGGAGGAGGAAGAGAAAGAGGAGGCAAAGGAAGAGAGCAAAGAGGAGGCCCAAGAGGAGGUCAAAAAAGAGGACGACGAGGAGGUGGCGGAAGAGCCCCCUGUGGCCGAGCUGACGGACGAGGAAAAGGCCGCAUGCUUCAAGCCUGUCAUCACCAGCGACCUGAGCAGCUCUGUCCUGGCCCAGUCGUUCGCGGGCUUCUCCAUUCCGGAGAAGAGCGAGGGCUUUGACGAGAUCCGGUUCGAAUGGGCGGGAGAGGCGGAGGCCAAGCAGCACUUGAAGAGUUUUGUAUUGAAGCUCAAGGUUUCAACACGGGUCGACGACCUGGCCCCGAAUGAGUGGUUCAAAACGACCUCGGCCGAGUUCGAGAAGCGCGUCGCAGAGCUCAAGCAGAAGGCCAAGAUUAGCCCCAAGUUCGUCGCGCCACCAAAGGAGGGCGAGGAGGCAGAGAAGAAGGAGCCGAUAGAGGACAUUGCCGAGAUCUCGGACGUGUGCGACGUUGGGGACGGAACCCCGUUGUUCAAAGAUUUUGGGUUCGAGGAUUGGGCGCUCCUCGGUCUACGCUGCGACCUCUACCUCCUGUCGCACAUGUACUCCAAGGUUCUCGACGACCCCGAGCGACCUGGCAUCCAUGAGUCCAACCUCCCCUUCUAUCCGAUUAUGCCAAGUUCUUCAAGAAGCAGCUUACCCCGAAAAUGUACGGGAAAGAAACGCUGA